UUUUGUUUUUCCGUGACCGCUCACGCAUUCAUUCACCAAAAUCACCGCCUUCAUCAUAAGUCACCCUCCUUAAUCCGGCAUUCACUCUCUUCCACUUGCCAUUUUUGGCUCCACCUCAACCACUUUUGAUCACCCUCCCAUUUCAGCUCUUGGUGGUCAUAAACCAAACGUUAGACCAGGGUUGUAUUAAAGUUUUCAUCUUUUUGGCAUCUGGGGUACUUCUGGUUCUUUCUAUUUAUACAAUUUUCUGAUCCGGGAAUUGCUGAUUUUGCCUCUGAUCUGGAUAUAGAAUCUCUGGAAAGCAGUGUGCUUUUUUUAACCAUGGAUUCUUGCUGUGCGACCAUGAGGGCCAAUGCCCAUCCGCUUAAAGUCGGAAAAGGGGGUCUUAGGAACCAAGGUAGUGGGUUCUGGGGUGAGAGUGUCAGGGUGGGUUCCAAGAGCAGAGAUUUGAGUGCUCAGUUGUUGAAAAGCUCUAAAUUUGAAAGCACAGCUAGAAAGCUUAAGCCUGGUGUGGCUCACUCUAUUCUUACAGAUAUCAACCAAGACAGUGUGACAUUUCAGGCACCACUUUUUGAGACUCCAAAAGCAGACCCCAAAAAUGUGGCUUCUAUCAUUUUGGGUGGAGGUGCUGGAACUCGCCUGUUUCCUCUCACCAGCCAAAGAGCCAAGCCAGCGGUUCCAAUUGGAGGGUGUUACAGGCUGAUUGAUAUCCCGAUGAGCAAUUGCAUUAACAGUGGCAUAAAAAAGAUAUUCAUCUUAACACAAUUUAACUCUUUUUCCCUCAAUCGUCACCUUGCUCGUACUUAUAAUUUUGGAGAUGGUAUGAAUUUCGGAGAUGGAUUUGUGGAGGUUUUGGCUGCAACUCAAACGCCAGGAGAAGCUGGGAAGAAAUGGUUUCAAGGAACAGCUGAUGCUGUGAGGCAAUUUAUAUGGGUCUUUGAGGAUGCAAAGAACAAAAAUGUUGAGCAUAUACUGAUCUUAUCCGGUGAUCAUCUUUACCGGAUGGACUAUCUGGAUUUUGUGCAGAAGCAUAUUGAUACAAAUGCCGACAUCACAGUUUCAUGCAUUCCCAUGGAUGAAAGACGGGCAUCGGAUUACGGACUCAUGAAAAUUGACCAAUCAGGACGUAUAAUCCAAUUUGCUGAGAAACCAAAAGGCCCUGACCUAGAAGCAAUGCAAGUUGACACCAGUAUUCUAGGGCUUUCUGAGCUGGAGGCUAUGAAAUCUCCUUAUAUUGCAUCAAUGGGUGUUUAUGUGUUUAGAACUGAUGUCCUACUAAAGUUAUUAAGAUGGAGCUACCCUUCUUGUAAUGAUUUCGGCUCUGAGAUUAUUCCAUCAGCUGUGAGGGAACACAAUGUCCAGGCAUAUCUAUUCAAUGACUACUGGGAGGAUAUUGGAACUGUGAAGUCUUUUUUUGAUGCAAACUUGGCCCUCACAGAACAGCCUCCAAAGUUUGAAUUCAAUGAUCCAAAGACACCUUUCUACACAUCUCCUAGAUUCUUGCCACCUACAAAAGUUGAAAAAUGCAGGAUUAUAGAUGCAAUAGUUUCCCAUGGUUGCUUCUUGCGAGAAUGUAGUGUUCAACACUCUAUUGUGGGUGUGCGCUCACGUUUAGAGUCUGGUGUAGAACUUAAGGAUACUAUGAUGAUGGGUGCAGACUACUACCAAACUGAAUCUGAGAUUGCAUCUCUUGUAGCUCUAGGAAAGGUUCCAGUUGGUGUUGGAUCAAAUACCAAAAUCUGGAAUUGCAUAAUCGACAAGAAUGCGAAGAUAGGAAGAAACGUAAUGAUCACAAAUGCUGAUGGAGUUGAAGAAGCAGACAGGGCAGAUGAAGGAUUUUAUAUUCGGUCUGGAAUCACAGUCGUACUGAAGAAUGCAACUAUUAAAGAUGGAACUGUCAUUUAAAUCCAUCAAUUUUACAAAGGGGUACUUGUUCAGAUUGAGCCACAGUGACAGUACCUUGAUGAAGCUCGCUCGUAGCUUUAACUUAAUGUAGCCGGAACACUUAUUUAUGUAAAUUAACAACUUGCUUUGAUGUAUGUAA